AUGACUCUCGUCAAGCUCUGCUUCACUCCUGCACUGCUGCUGCUGCUGCUGCCGCCGCUGGCGCUCGCCCAUCCGCUCGGUCAACCUGCCACCAUUAAAGAGCCAGCGACGGACUCCUGUCUUUUAUACGCUCAGAAUCUCCUCCACAACAUCACUGCUGCACUCGCACAGAAAGACCUGUUCAAUGGAUUCAGCUGCUCAGGGAAGAACAUGGAGCUGAACGAUGAGACCAGGACAGCGGCUGUGUGUGCACCCAAGGGAUCGACAUGCUCUGGAAGGACUGACUCCAAAUUUGACCAGGACUCGUGUGUGACAGAAAUUGGAAAAGAUCUCACACAUUACUACAGGUUCUUCACAGCUCAGCCAAACAACAUCUUCUUGAGUGAGAAAGUUCUUCCGGGUCUCGGGGAGCUCAUGACGGCUGCUGCAGACGCGGCGAGCAGCUACGACAAGAGGCUCAAGCUGUGCAAAGUGCUGCGGGGCUUCCAGGUCCGCCUCAUCACCAUCAACAGGGCCCUGGGGUACAUGAAGUCCGGAGAACACAUGAAAUGA